AUGGGGAAGACGAAGCACUCGUUUGGUCCCGGUUCAGGUGAUAUAGUAGAGGAUAUACAAUGCCCAGCAUUCUCGGCAACGCUGAGAGACUGCAAUGUCGGUUCGAACUUUGAAAACACUGUGGGCUGCUCUCAUAAUGAUGACGUGGGCGUUGUGUGUGAUGGAACGAAAUUCGUGAGUGGAGCUGUUCGUCUGGUGAAUGGUAAUGUCCCGUAUGCAGGCAGAGUAGAGAUGUUUACAGGAGAGCGCUGGGGAUCCGUAUGUGAUGUAGCCUGGGAUAUUGAAGAUGCUCAUGUAGUCUGCAGACAAGUCGGAUUUAAACGCGCCACCUACGCUAAGAAAGGGGCUUUCUUUGGAAGGAAUUCCGACCGUGUGGUAUCUACAGGAUAUAACUGCCGUGGGACUGAGUUGACGCAUCAUGACUGUCCAUUAUCACACGGAACUCUACUAUCAGACUGCACACAUGAUAAUGACAGCAGUGUUAUAUGUGAGCAAGAUUCUUAUGCUGAAUACAGCGUGGAGUUGACUGGCAAUGCAACCUAUCAGAGUAGCCGAGUGUCUGUAUUCCAUGAUGGUCAAUGGAAGUCAGUAUGCAGUGAUAACUGGGACUGGAGAGCUGCACAGGUUACAUGUAGGCAAGCAGGCUACGUGGGAACAUCUCAUACCGUAGAUGAAAAUGCAUUCAUCGACUAUCAUCCAAUGGUUUUCACUGCUCAUGAUAUUGUAUGCGAUGGAUCGGAAUAUCAUUUGUAUUACUGCUCACUUAAUUGGGACAGUCGUACAUGCGUGUCUAACAUGGUAGCUUCCGUUUCAUGCGCUACAUCCUAUGAGGAUAUCCUACAAGAUGGGGAUAUAAGACUUUCGAACGGUAGUUCAUCUAAGGAUGGUCAAGUAGAGAUGUUUGAUGAAAGCUAUUGGACACCUAUCUGUGGAGAUGACUGGGGCUGGGAAGAAGCUACCGUGUCCUGUCGUCAAUUGGGAUAUCUUGGAGCUAUUACUAGCUAUACGACGAUUGAAAUACAUGAUGGGACUGAAUUCAUCUGGUCAGGGCUAGACUGUCAUGGUAAUGAGUACAGACUACAGGAGUGCUAUGUACCCAACACUGGAUGGGAAUUGACCAGUCAUUGUCAACGUAUCGGUGGUGCUGAGUGUGCUCUCUCUCAAGCUCUCCUCCGUGAAAAUGGCGACGUUAAACUCGUUCCCGAUGGAGACUCCUACAGUGGAACUGUAGCCGUCUUUUACCGAGGAGUUUGGGGCAAAGUUUGUCCUGAUGACUGGUCAUGGUCCCUGGCAAACACAGUUUGUAUUCAGCUGGGAUAUUAUGGCGCCAUCGAAGCUACUCAAAACCUUCCUGAUACGGACGAUGCACUGGACUAUCAUAUACAUUCACUACAAUGCAAUGAGUUUGAAAGUCAUCUAAAAUACUGUAAUCUAGACUAUGCCUGGGAAGAUGAAGUAGAGUGUGACUUGGACAGCCAUCUAGCAGCGGGUGUAGUCUGUACUCAUCAAUACCAAGACGUACCCUCAUAUGGAAAGCCGAGGUUAGUUGAUGGUCCAGACGCUGGUCAUGUUGAAGUGUUCCUGACUGAGUCUUGGGGAUUGGUCUGUGGUGAUUCUUGGUCCUAUGACAAUGCUAGAGUAAUUUGCAUUCAUCUUGGAUAUCGUGCGGUCCUCACCACCUCUUCAAUACCGGUAACACAGGAUUUCCCUCCAGUAUUACUUUAUGUAGCAUAAGGAGGAUCGAGUAUAUUAUAUAAAACAAAGCCUUGUUUCCAUAAUACAAGGUCAAUGGAUAUAGCCUUUUUUGUUACACCCACUAGCAUCUCAAAUUCACUUCAAUAUGCUAAUUAUCUUGAUCUUUAUAAAUAUUUUUCAGGCAGUCAUU